GACAGGACAAGACGCGCAUAAAUUCAGAUCUAAGUCUAACCUUCAAUACCGUUUGCAUUAAUGCAGGUUCUGUAGGACUGUUCACUGAUUAUUAUUAUUAUUAUUAAUUUAUUAUAGAUAUAUAUAUCAUAUAUAUAUCAUCAUCUUUGGGAUCGUGAAUAACUUUAUCGGGAAGUGAUGUCGAGGAGACCGGUGAAUCCUUCUAGAAGAUUCGGGGAAAGCGGUGGUGGAUUGUUUUCCUCUUCGAAAUCAACGUCGUCGCCAAUUUUGUCUGUUGGGCUCGUAGUCGUGGGAGGUCUGUUUCUCAUUGCCUAUUUGUACAGGGGCUCAGGUGGAUUUGGCAGCCGUUUAGAUUCUGUUAGCAGGGUUGAAGGUGAUUAUUUGUGCAGUGGAGAGGUCCAACGAGCAAUUCCCAUUUUACAGAAAGCAUAUGGAGAUAGCAUGCAUAAAGUUUUGCAUGUUGGUCCUGAUACUUGCUAUGUGGUAUCUAAAUUGCUAAAGGAGGAGGAAACCGAAGCCUGGGGUAUAGAACCAUAUGAUAUUGAGGAUGCUGAUAGUAAUUGCAAAGCACUUAUCCGUAGAGGCAGUGUGCGUGUGGCUGAUAUAAAGUUUCCUCUUCCAUACAGGCCAAAAUCUUUCUCUCUUGUAAUUGUUUCAGAUGCUCUGGAUUACUUAUCUCCCAGAUACCUCAACAAGACUCUUCCAGAUUUGGUGAGGGUUUCAUCGGAGGGUAUAGUGAUAUUUACUGGUUUUCCCACUAAUCAAAAGGCCAAGGUAGCGGAUGUUUCUAAAUUUGGAAGAGCGGCCAAGAUGAGGAGUUCAUCCUGGUGGGUCCGGUUUUUCCUUCAGACAAACUUAGAGGAGAAUGAAGCUGCUGCUAAAAAGUUUGAGCAGGCUUCAACAAAGAGUUCAUAUGUUCCCAGAUGCCAGAUAUUCCACCUGAAAUCACUCAAUUGAUUUCUGGGAUGAUUAAAUGUGUAGCUUUGGAGCUCUCAUGGCUGCUUCUCAGUUUUCAUCUAAAAAUUUUUCUUCUAUAAAGGUAGUUUGAUUCUUUGAAAUAUACUCGCCGUAGAUGGUGUAUCACUUUUGUUGCUUCUUUUAAUAGAUUUUUAUUUUUUGAAAUACCAGCCCCUAGACGGUAAAGGACAAAUCCAUUUUGGUAUUUGAUUAAGUUAUUCGUUGAAUUAGGUGAUCUAUAAGUAAAGUGGCAAUAAUUGUUGUACUAAAGUGGUUUUUUUUUUUUUCUUGAGAUAUAAAUUAAAUCUCAAUAUAUAUGCUCGAAUUAUCUGGCAAAAGGAGGGAUAAACCACGUUGUUUUUCUUUAGUUAACGUAUAUCACUAGAUAAAAAGAUUCACUCUCCAACCAUAAGAGACCUUACAAGAUGCAAUGCGAAAGGAGGCCGCAGCGGUUGGACGAAACAACAUUUUGUCAGUAAUUCAAUACCAUGACCACGAGUUCACUUGGCAAGUGGGUUUUCCAGCUAUCGUUUGUAUGAGAUCUCUCAACAAGAAGGAUGAAGGGUGUUUAAUUAGAUUUUGGGAGUUGU